AUCAACUCACCAGCCAUCCUUGCUUCAGUUCUAAUCGUGGGCUAACAUUUCAGAUCCCCGUGUUCAGAUCAACGCACUGAUUGAGACGCUCCUACACUGCUUUUUGGGCAAGAACAAGCUCUGUGAAGCUGCUUUCUGUGUGUAAAUUCCGAGAAGGCACUUGAAGGAAAGGCAGGCAUAGGCCUUGCAUCAUUUAAGUCCUCCCUGUGAUAGGCAUCCGUUCCUCCAUCCUCCACUUUCCUCAUUGUUGAGAGAGAGGGAGAAGCACCACAACUUGUCGGCACCAAGCAUGGAUCUUAGACUAUACACAGCAGUGACUCAGGGAAAUGUUCAGAGUUUGAGAGAUAUGGUUGGAAAGGACGACAAGAUUCUUCAGUCUUCAACUCCCCAAGGCAACACAGCACUCCAUCUGGUAGCAAGAUUAGGCCACAGAGAUAUCGCCGUGGAGAUCCUAGAAAGAUGCAGUGGCCUCAUCGUCGUCGAAAACGCCCAGGGCGAGACCCCCUUGCAUAUUGCUGCAAGGGCUGGGCACCUGGAAAUCGUGUCGUCGCUGAUCGACCAUGUCUCUAAGUGGCCCACCGAUGUCGAGCAGGCAUUGGAGCCAUUCAGGAUGACCAACAUAAAAGGUAACACUGCAUUGCAUGAGGCAGUGAAACACCGGAAGACUGACAUUGCGUUGAGGUUGCUGGAUGCUGAUCCCCCGGUUGGGCAUUUGGCCAACUCUAUGAAGGAGUCGCCGCUCCACAUUGCAGCGAGGGAGGGGUUGGAGGGGAUUGUAAGCAAGAUUUUGCAGCAUCCAUGGGUAGAAACAGAGGCGGAGAUGGAGGCGUUGGAGACUGGGACAGGAUCACCUCUGCACCAAGCCGUGCUCGGCGGUCAUGAUAGCAUUGUGGAGAUGUUGUUGAAGAAACGGAGUGAUUUCCUCAAAGUUACGGAUGGCUCCGGGGACAAUGCUCUUCAUUAUGCUGCGCAAAAGAACAAUGCCAAGAUCGUAGAGAUGCUAUUAAAUGAAAAACCUUCACUCAUCUAUUCCGUAAACUCUAAGAAGCGGUCUCCCCUCCACAUAGCCGCUGACUGUGGUUCUAAUCAUGCAAUCAAAGAGCUCUUGAAACGUUGUCCGGUCGCAAUCGAGCAGGUUGAUUCUGAGGGCAUGAAUGCUCUUCAUAUUGCCGUCAUGAGCGGAAGAGUCGGCGCACUGAAGUGCCUAUUGAAGACCAUGGCGUUUGGUGAGAUAAUCAACCAAGGUGAUAAAGACGGGAACACUCCUCUUCAUCUGGCUGCAAAGCAUUCUAGGAUACAGUCGUCUAUCUCGCUUAUGAAAGAUAGGAGAGUGGAUUCAAGCAUCAAGAAUAAUGAAGGACUCACUGCAAGAAAUUUGGUUGAAUCUCUGGACAAACUGGACACGUAUGAGUUGUACAUUUGGAAGAAAUUGAAGAAGCACGAAGCAAACGUACUCAAGAAACAACAGCAUGGCACCGUAAGCAUAUCUCACUCCCUUAGGAAGAAGAUGUCAAAGGCCGAUGAGCACUACAGAUUAAGUAUAGAGACCUACACUUGGGUGGCCGCACUCAUUGCAACAGUCACCUUCGCUGCCACCUUCACCAUGCCGGGAGGUUUCGAUCAAAAAUACGGUUUCGCCAUACUUGGAAAGCAGGCAGCCUUCAAGGUCUUCGUGAUCUCCAACACCAUCGCAAUGUGCAGCUCUCUUGUGGUUGUGUUCUGCUUCAUAUGGGCAUGGAAGGACCCAGUUCGGUUCAAGCUCGAUCAGCUGGCUUGGGGCCAUAGGCUCAUCGUGGUUGCAUGCUUGGCGAUGAUCGUGACGUUGAUGUCAGCAGUGUACCUGGUGGUCCAUGAGGAGAGCCUUUGGUUAGCUAUUGUGGUGAUCUUGAUUGGUUGCAGCGCUCCAUUACUUGUUCUCGCCAUACUGGGCAAAAAUGUUCUGUUCAUCCCAUUGUGAGGAGAUUUGAUUGCCUUUGAACCAGGAGAGGGUGUAGAGAUCCUUAUAUAUAUUGGAGUAUUUAGAUGGGAAUCUUAUGAACUUGGGGGUUGUUCCCUUUACGGUUAUCUGCUGGCUUUGUUCUGAGGCCCACUUUAGGUCAUCUUGUUCAUCGAGAUAUGGUGAUGAUGAUGGUUACAAUUUUCUGGGAAAGCAUUGAAAGUGUCUUUUGUGAAGG